AUGGACGCAUUCGCACUCAAGAAGGACAACCGAAAGAAGUUUCAGGACAAAGAAAAGUUGAAACGGAAACAUGCUACUCCGAGUGAUCGUAAAUACCGGGCUCUGAACAAAACUACCGAGCCGGAACCGGAGGUGCCGGAACUACAGGCCAACCAUUACCGCUACCACGAAGACUUAUCGAUGACAUACCAAACCCAAAACGAUGACGAUUCAAAUGUUGGGACAACGAAUAAAAAGCUCAAGGAAAUCUUGUUGGCUCGACAGAACAAUACCGAUCAUGAUAGCCAGUACCAAACCAAGUCUCCCAGUCACCUUACACGAAAAGAGCUAGAUUCGAUGUCAGUAGCUGAAUUGAAUCGUCUGUUGGGAAACAAGCAGAAUGACUCAAUAUCAAUCAAACCUGACGCAGGUGGUUCCAAGAACGACAAUACACGGUUUUCAAACCACGUUCGAGGCACUCCCGCUGCCCUAAAAAGCGAAAUACCCACCAAAACCUCCAAAUCCAAGGUACCCGUCGAUCUCGAGUCCGAACAAGACCAACUGGAUGAGCUGAUAUGA